ACUUGGUUUGUGAAAUGUACAUUUGUCUACGCGGCAUUUCAAUCCUACGUGGCAAAACAGGAGUAAUUGUUUUAUAACUUUAAUCUUUCGAGUCGAUAUGUAGAUAACAGAGUAAAGCUAAUUGUGAAUCUGUGUUCUUAUAAACACAUUUUGAUUAAAACAGUAAAGAGUAAUGCAACAGAAGCGGAAAAAAUUAAGCACAAUGAGGGCAUUAAUUCUUGUUGGUGGAUAUGGAACUAGAUUAAGACCACUUACAUUAAGUAGACCUAAACCUUUGGUAGAGUUUGCUAAUAAACCAAUGCUUUUGCAUCAAAUAGAGGCUUUGGUAGAAACAGGUGUGACAGAGGUAAUAUUAGCUGUAUCAUAUCGUGCAGAAGAAAUGGAAACACAUUUGGGUGAAGAGGCAAAGAAAUUAGGUGUACGUUUAAUUUUUUCCCAUGAACCAGAACCCCUUGGUACUGCAGGACCACUUGCACUUGUACAUGACCUAUUGUCUUCAGGGGAUGAGCCAUUUUUUGUUCUAAAUUCUGAUAUUAUUUGUGAAUUUCCAUUUAAACAACUUCUUGAUUUCCAUAAAAAUCAUGGUACAGAAGGGACAAUAAUUGUGACUAAAGUGGAAGAACCAUCAAAGUAUGGUGUAGUUGUUUAUGCAGAUGAUGGUAAAAUAAAAAGUUUUGUGGAAAAACCACAGGAAUUCAUCUCCAAUAAAAUUAAUGCAGGCAUGUAUAUAUUCAAUCCAAGUGUGUUGAAAAGAAUAGAACUAAAACCUACUAGUAUAGAAAAAGAAGUCUUUCCAUUAAUGGCUCAUGAUGGAGAAUUGUUUGCCAUGGAAUUAACAGGAUUUUGGAUGGAUGUAGGGCAACCAAAAGAUUUCCUUAAAGGAAUGAGUAUGUAUCUAACAUCUUUGAGACAAAAAUCUCCAGAGAAGUUAUACUCUGGUCCAGGUGUUGUGGGCAAUGUAUUAAUAGAUGAAACAGCAAAGAUUGGCAAAGACUGUAGGAUAGGACCUAACGUCACAAUCGGUCCUGGUGUUAUAUUAUCCGACGGAUGCUGCAUUAAACGUAGCACCAUUCUUAAAUCGGCCAUAAUAAAAGAGCACGCAUGGCUGGACGGAUGUAUCGUUGGCUGGAGAAGCGUCGUAGGCCGUUGGGUACGAAUGGAAGGUACAACGGUACUUGGUGAAGAUGUAAUCGUUAAAGAUGAAUUAUACAUCAACGGAGGCCAAGUGUUACCUCACAAGAGUAUUUCCAACUCUGUGCCAGAACCGCAAAUAAUCAUGUGAUCA